CAAAAGUCCCAACCCCCGAAUUCCCCAAUUGGCCAUUUCUGCACUGAAUCUCAUUCCCAUCCCAGCCCACCACUGUAAAAAGGCGGUCGUGACGGUAGGGUUUCCCGAUUCCCAUCCAGCGUACAGACUAGGCGACCCCCGCUUCCCGUCCCCUCUCUCCUCCACACGCCUCGCUCCCUCUCCCCUCGUCCGCCGCCGCCGCCGCCACCAUGGGCAGGGGCAAGUUCAAGGGCAAGCCAACCGGCCGCCGCAACUUCUCCACCCCGGAGGAGAUCGCUUCUGGAACUUCAGGGCGUCCACGCUCAUUUAAGAAGAAUGUAGCUGAAGCAGAAGAGGAAGAGGAAGAGGUAGAAGAAUCUGAAGAGGAAGAAUCCGAAGACGACGGUGAAGAGAAGAAACAUAAAGGAACCGAAGGUGUUAUUCAAAUUGAAAAUCCAAACCUGGUGAAAGCAAAGAAUAUAAAAGCCAAAGAAGCUGAUCUUGGAAAGACAACUGAACUCUCGAGGCGUGAGAGAGAGGAGAUUGAGAAACAAAAAUCUCAUGAGCGCUAUAUGAAGCUUCAGGAGCAAGGCAAAACAGAACAGGCGAAGAAAGAUUUGGAACGUCUUGCUUUAAUAAGGCAGCAAAGAGCAGAUGCUGCAAAGAAACGUGAAGAGGAGAAAGCUGCUAAAGAACAGAGGAAGACUGAAGCGCGCAAAUAACUGCGAAGGUUGUGGAGGCAUGAGCUAAGCUGAGUUGUGUUGUCUGGAUAUUUAUUUCUAUGCAUCCUAGUAUAUUUAAACCGGGUCUCUGUUCCAUCAUCUACAUUUCCAUAAAAACAGUGCAUUGACAAGUGUAAAGUAGUCCUGUCGGCGUGGCUUGCUGUAAACUUGAGCUUGGCAGGGUACACAUUUAGUGAGAUCAGCUUAUGUGAGAUUUGCUUUCACUCAAAAAUUGGUAUGAAAAAUAACUAUUGAAAUUUAA